AUGUCGAGUAAUCGGAUUGUUGCUGUGAAAGCGGCAGCGCUGUGGCUUUGUAGCUUUGCAUUUUCGGUAUGCUGGUCAUGGAUCCCACCACAUCCAGACUCGAAGCUCCAAUGGGAAUCCGUCCAGGAUAUGCGCCGUCGUCUGAACUUGGAACCAUUCAACUAUACAACGUCACGACAUUUGAACGCCGAGUGGUGUCGGUACCUGACAGAAGACGAAUGCGAGGAAAUGGAUAUAUCUUUGCAAGAGCACGUUGAAGACCACAAGGCUCUGCAGAAGGAGACUCGCAGGAACCCCAAUCUUGGCAAGAUCAAUGUGUUGGUGCUAAUGAUCCGUUUUUCGGAUCACGUUGACCGAGAGUUGGUACCCAAGAGCUUAGUCGAUACCUUUUGGGAAACGAAGGUUCCACAAUGGAUGGAGGCCAACUCUCAAGGGCGUUAUGGCAUCAAGGCAACUGUCAUUGACUGGAUCACCACAGAUAACACUGAAGAAUACUAUUCAUUUGGGAAGAGGGGAAUUGUUUUGGAAUCACAAAAAAUGGCGUGGCCAAUCCUUGACAAGCUCGACAACAGACCCAACUGGGAUUGGAGCCAGUUUGACUUGGACGGAAAUGGCAGGAUUGAUUCUCUUGUCAUAAUACACUCUGGCUAUGGAGCAGAGACUACAACUACUGACUGUUUUGGGGCUGACUUCAACAAUCGCAUAUGGGCUCACGCUUUCUCAGGGACAAGCCAAAGAUCAUGGCAGUCUAAAGAUGGGAAAAUAAAAGUGGCAGGGUACACUGUAGCAUCAGCCUUUGAUGAGGACUGUGGAACUGUUCCAGCAAAAAUUGGUUUGACAGUCCAUGAAUACAUGCACACGCUAGGACUUGAGGAUCUCUAUGAUGGUGUUGACCCUUUAGCAGCCUCUGGAAUUGGAGCCUUUGACAUAAUGGCGUUUCCCUAUGGCCAAGACGGCAACGCUGAUUAUCCUGGACACCUCAGUGCUUACAGCAAGAUUAUUGCGGGAUGGUUGUCACCAAUCAACAUUGGCUCUAAUGGAAUAUAUCAUUUGAAAGCAGCUGAGAUAUCUGAUGAAGCCUACAAGAUUUCCUUGGCGGACAAGGGAGUAGCUUCUGAAUAUCUUUUGAUAGAAAACAGGCAACCACUGGAAUUUGACAUUAACAUAUGGCAAGCAGGAUUGGUCAUAUAUCACAUUGACAAUGCAGCAGACCUUCAAAGGAACCGUGGAUAUCCAGGGCAAGAGGGUUGGCCAUGGAGUGGUAAUCACUACCAAGUUGCGCUGUUGCCAAAAGAUGGAAGGUACGACCUAGAGAAAGGGAAGAAUAGUGGUGAUGCUGGUGACAUUUGGGUCCCUGGGGAUAAGCUUGGCCCUGGAAUGAGUGGUACUGUGUAUCCCAGCACUGACAGCUACCAACACGGCAAUGUACAGGAGACUGGGGUAUGGUUGUCAGUGAUUUCACAGACUGGAACAGACAUUACUUUCCAGGUUGGGGGUAUUAGCGCUGAGACUGUGCCAGGAGGCCUUGCAAAGCCAUUACCAGUCUUUGCGCCAACAAUCACACCCCCAGGGCCAGGGCCAAUGAAUCCGCCAAGACCAACCCCCAAUGCUGCUUUUGUGCCUGCCCCUAUCCCAUAUUCAUUUGGAAACCACAAAGAGAUACUUACCCCAACUCAAAAGCCAGUAUUUGGGAGAGGCUACCUUUCCUCCUUUGAACCUUUCGUUGAGCCGGUAGGACAACAGGGCGGAUUUGAUGGACAACUAACUGCGACCCCCACCGACAGACAACAACGAAGUCCACAUUGGGACGAUCCAGAAGGUCGAAUUGGACCGGACCCUUACUUGUCAGGCUUUCAAAGCGUACAUCAAGGUGAUGGGUUGCCCCCAUCAGCAUUUGGAAAAGCAACUGAUCCACAGGGUGAGGAGGAGAGUGAGGUGGGCACAGGUUCAUCCGCAACAACUAACCAAAUGAGCAUGAACCGAACCAACGGCGAAGAAAGCGCAGGAGGGAAUCCAAGAAGUCCAUCUUCGUCAGCUGAUUCAAUCGAUUCAGCAUUCUGGACAUGGGCAAAAUCGCACUGGCAGAGCCCACUGUUCUGUUUGUUAUUCGUGACUGUGUUGACAAUCAUCAAUCGGUUGUUUCCAUGCAGUUUGGGAGUGGUAUGCAGAAAGCAUCCGUUUGCUACCAUCCAAAAUAGCAAGGGCGGAAUAGUUGAAGAAGAUUCAUAUCCGAAUGAUCAGCUUGGAUGCAAUCACCAAUUUGCUUAG